CCCUGCUUCCUCUAGCAGCGCCUCUCCGCGCACCGGCCGGGGCGCCAUUUCCCCGCCGUGGUCCCGUCCCUCCAGGGGCGGAGCUGCGCCAGGUGCGGCCCCGGGGCGUGGCUGGGUUCCGGGAGCGCAGGUGCGGCUUCCGUGUCAAGAUGGCUGCCGCCUGUCGCUCUUGGACUGGGCUCCCUCCCGGCCGCCUCUGCCGCCGGCUCGCCGGGGCCCAGCUGCUGAGCGUCGUCCUGUGCCUCCUGUGCUGGGUCCCGGCGGCUGUGGACGCAGUCCCUGAGCUCGGGCUUUGGACGAGGACGGUCAAUGACAAAUCAGGACCUUUGAUAUUCAGGAAAACUAUGUUUAAUGCCACUAAGAUUAGAUUUUCUGUGAAGUCGUUCAGUUGUUCUGGACCUGUGAAGUUUACCAUAGAGUGGCAUUUGAAGUAUCAUACCUGUCACAAUGAAUACUCUGACCUGGAGGAGAAGCUGUCCCAAAAACAUGAUGAUGCAGACGUCUGUGCUUAUUUCAAGAAUGUUGACUGUUGGACAACAAAAAGUGAGAACUUAGACUGCAGCAGUGAUUUACAGGCAUUUCCCUCAUUAAAUAAUAAAGAACUAACAGGCAUCAGAAAUAUUUCAAGCCAGGAAGGAUCAACGGAUGUUGUAGCCAGGACCCAGAAAGAUGGCUUCCAUAUCUUCAUUGUUUCUAUUAAAACGGAAAAAACAGAUGCAAGCUGGGAUUUAAAUGUUUCUCUUUCUAUGGUUGGGCCUCAUGGAUAUAUUUCUGCAUCAGACUGGCCGCUAAUGAUUUUUUACAUGGUGAUGUGUAUUGUUUACAUAUUAUAUGGUGUCCUCUGGCUGAUGUGGUCUGCCUGUUACUGGAAGGAUAUAUUAAGAAUCCAGUUCUGGAUUGCAGCUGUUAUUUUCCUAGGAAUGCUUGAAAAAGCAGUUUUUUAUAGUGAAUACCAAAACAUCAACAGCACUGGACUGUCAACCCAAGGUUUACUGAUAUUUGCGGAAUUGAUAUCUGCAGUUAAGAGGACAUUGGCUCGCCUGCUUGUGAUCAUUGUGAGCUUGGGUUACGGCAUUGUGAAGCCUCGCUUAGGAACAGUCAUGCACCGGGUGAUUGGACUGGGACUGCUUUACUUGGUCUUUGCAGCCAUUGAAGGCGUCAUGAGAGUCAUCGGGGGUUCUAAACAUGUAUCUGUUGUUUUGAGUGACAUUGUUUUAGCAGUUAUUGACUCCAUUUUUGUGUGGUUCAUAUCCUUUACCAUGUCCUUCCAAAGUAGUUUGUGUUUGGCACAGACUAUGAAGACUCUAAGGCUCAGAAAGAACACAGUGAAAUUCUCAUUGUAUAGGCAUUUUACAAAUACGCUCAUCUUUGCUGUGCUGGCUUCUAUAGUGUUUAUGGUGUGGACAACGAAGAACUUCAGGAUGGCAAAAUGCCAAUCAGAUUGGAUGGAGCUCUGGGUUGAUGAUGCAUUUUGGAGCUUCCUCUUUUCACUCAUCCUUAUUGUGAUAAUGUUCCUAUGGAGGCCAUCAGCCAAUAAUCAGAGGUAUGCCUUCAUGCCCUUGAUAGAUGAUUCUGACGACGAAGUCGAGGAGUUCAUGGUAACAUCUGAAAAUUUAACUGAAGGAAUAAAACUAAGAGCCUCAAAAACGGUUUCAAAUGGAACAGCUAAACCUACUUCUGAUAACUUCGAUGAAGAUUUGAAGUGGGUGGAAGAAAAUAUUCCCUCUUCAUUCACAGACGUAGCCCUCCCUGUGUUAGUGGACUCAGAUGAGGAAAUUAUGACCAGAUCUGAAAUAGCUGAAAAAAUGUUCUCUUCAGAAAAGAUAAUGUGAUUGGGACCCGAAGUGGGUCCAGUGUGAGUGGGAAGUUCAUUCAGGUGAUGGGGAAAGCCUGUCUCAUUGACAGCUUCGCUAUGAUACAUGUUUUACUGUGCUGGAGAUCUGUGUGUGCAAAUGAAGAUUCAGGUGUGGGAGGGUCUGAUGCCCUCAUAAAGCCAUCUUUAAAACUGUCUCCUAAAGUCGGCUUAGUUGCCACUCAGUUGCCUGAAUUUGGAAAUAAUCUGAGGCGUCUUAAUGGUGUGUAUACGGGCGCCUGCCCUAGCUGGCAGCCACAGGCGUGUGGACUUGUGGUCUCAGUUUUCUCCAGGGAAAGAGAAUCUGCAGCUGGCUGUGGCGGCACAUUCCUGGCAAUUGAAUCUCCGUGAGUUCAAGGCCAGCCUGGUCUACAUAGUUCCAGGACAGCCAGAGAAAACCAAAAAAAAAAAGAAAGAAGGAAAAGAAAAGGAAUCUUGACCACUCCUUCCCUCUCGCCCUCCAGACAACAGGCUCUCCGGAAUGCCAGUGCAGCAGUGGCCAUCUUCUGUAGUGAUGGUUUAUUUCAUUUUUAUACUGAAGUGACAGUAUCGGAACAUGAGCAUGCUCAUAUGUUUAAUCUCGCCCCCUUUGUUGGUGCACACACAGCUCCUGAUUGUAAACACCACCAUGCAUUGCACGUCAUGGAGUCUGAGCUCGGGAAACGUGUACGCAAAGAGAGAUGGGUGCACCCAAAGACUCGCAGGCCACAGGUACAUGUGUUGCUGCUAAUUCUGCUGUGACCCUGGCCCCGUGACUCUCCUACAGCACUUUAUCCCAGCCCCUGAGCGCAGCGUUUCCUGUGAGCCUGGGGGUUACACAGACAUCUAACUAUAUACCAUGCAUCAGUAUGUAAUUAACCAGCCCUCAACCAUAUUUUACACCUUGUUUUGUUAAAUUAUGUUCAUAAUGUAUGAUUGAAAGUUUCUAUUCUAAUGUUUUUUAAAUAUAGAAUGUUCUAGACUUGAAAGGCACUUGAAUGUAGUGUGAUGAAAAUGUGAAUGCUUUGCUACUUUCAUGACCAAAGAUACCAGGCUAGUGGACAUUUAGUGUGGUAAUGAAAAGGAGGGUAGGGUCUUAGCUGGGUGUGGUGGCACAUGCCUGUAUUCCAAGCACUCAGGGAGGCAGAGGCAGGUGGAUCUCUAUGAAUCUGAGGCUAGCCUGGUCUACAGGGCAAGUCCAGGACAGCCAAGGCUACACAGAGAAACCCUGUCUUGAAAAACCAAAAAAAAUGGAGGGGGGGUCUUAUAUGGCUUCUCGAUGGAGGACUUCUGGCCUUGUGAAUUAGAAGAACUUGGGGUAAUUGAAAAAACAUGAAAAUAUGACGAGGAGGCGCAUUCAACCAUAACUAGAUGAUUUCACCACAAAACAAACCUUUUUCUUUCAAAUGCCUACUUUCUGAGUUUAUUUCCUGCAUAGUUGUUUCAAAGGGGUUGGUAGAGAUCUAUUUCUGAAGUUGUGCCUCUUGAAACUGUGUUCUGUGGAGUGAACAUUGGGAAGGUGCUCAGGGUUGCAGAGCUGGUGGAGAGAGGUGCUGCUUCGGCACUUCCCAGGGUGGCUAGUUGACGGUGGGUUCCUUCUUUCCGUGUCAGCACAGGGGUGGGUCCCAUCCACCGCUUCCCUGUGUUUGUCCACCUUCUAACCCUCAUUCUUAACCAGGAGCUGCCCUUGCUGGGGAGGGGGUGUGCUUCAGGGUCUCGCUGUGUAGCCCAGGUUGCAGGUGUGCACCACCAUGGCCCACUCGACAUUAGUAUUUCAUGCCCUCCCUCAGCCCACACGCCUGCAGUGGACUCUUUCUGCUCACAGCCAGCAGGAGCUACACAGUGAGCAGGGUGGGAGUUGAUGGCCGGGGAAAUGGGCUUCUGACGCCACCUCAGCAGUGUUUCCAAAAACAGGAAAGACAGAUGAUGCUGCCUCUGGCUCAGCUCCAGGCUGAAACGAACACUUCCCUUUCUUUCCAUCCAGAGAAAGUGGAGUUUCACCUUAACCUCCUUAGAAGUGGUUUUGCAAGGGGGGGGGGGGGGGUGUCUGUUGUAUGUAAUGAUAAUGGUGCCAGGUCCUAAUGUCGAGUGCCCUGAGUUGAGUAUUUCUCGCGGUCCUUCUUAGCCCCAGCAUGUGUCCUACACUGUCACUGCACAUCACACGGACUGGGAGGUCCACCCAGGACCACCAUGCAGUCCCAUCACCUCCCUCCCCACCUGCCUCCAGCCUCCAGACAACACGGGGAGAGCCCAUGUGCUCGGCUCAGUUUCUGUUGAGGACCCUGUGGGAUGGGCCUGCCUAUUGAGAGGUCUGAGGAGAAGGCUCCAGCUUUGUGUUCAAGACUUCCUGUUGUACACUCCACAUUAGAUUCCAAUGAUGCAUGAAGUUUGCUUGAGACAUUUUUCAUAAUUUGAAUUAGGUUAAUAUCUACCUUUCAGGGUAGUUACUAUAUUUCAAUAAGAAAUAGAUGGGAAUUAUCUGACUAGGAGAUGGUAGGUGCUUUUCCUGAGUUUUUUGUUUUGUUUCUUGGGUGUGGUUGUGUUUUUUCUGUCCAGUGGAGGGUGUGUAGACUAUUAUAAUGUCAAGAUUAAGCUUAAAGUGUACCUGCAGAGUUGAUUUGUAGACCCUCUUUUUGAAGGCUUGGGGCCACCACCCUGGCUGCACACGACUGAAGCGGAGAGAGAUCAUGCUAGGUUUUGUCUCACUUGAUACUUGUGUCUUCGCAUGAUUGACAGCAUGUGGUAAGCAAUACAAAACACCAAGCCUUACAUCUGUCAGAAAGAAGUUGAAUAUAUAAAAUCUGAGCCUAUAGGUGGCAAAACUAGAUUUUUUUUUUUAAAGGAAGUGUAUGUUAUAGGACAGGAACUCUACUGUAUUAAAGAAGCCUCUUUAGAUCUAGGAAAAAUAUUCAUUUCUUUGGGAAGAAAAUUUGGAGGUUAAAAAUAUAUUCUUUAUUUAAAACGGUUAAAUUAUAGUUUGGGAGAAAUUUCUUUGAAUAUAGAACACAGCAACUUAAAGGACUUUUGUUUGAAAAUUGUAUUUUGUGCCUUAAUAUUUUUUUUUUUUUAAUAAAUUGCUUCUGACAUUUGGA